ACCUAACACGAACGUGGCACAUCCUGACACUUUUCGAUAAACAAAUAUAUUCCACACUCCAACCUGUAUACAGUGGAGCAAGUUUGGAUGUGAGAAUAGGAUUUUUCGUGCUGAUUAAUCUAAAGACAAGGUUGAAGAUACUUUUUUUUAAAAAGAGAAUAAGUUCAAGAUUCUUGAAUCAAACCAUCCUGAGAAUCGUGUUGAAGAAGUUUCUUGGCAUUUAACGAAGGCGAUCCGGAGGUAAAAGAUGAGCGUGAACGAAGAUUGGGAUGUAGAGCAGCACAAGGUGGAAUACGAAUCGGACGAGCAUUGGGAGUUACGGCGUAAAUUUCUGCUCGCACACAAGGACAAAUAUUCAGAAGAUGUACUUGUUUGUUUAGCCCAAGUGUUUGUUAACGUGGAACUGUUAGGAUGCAGAUAUCCACAAGAAACAAUGGACUUAGUAAAGGAAUUGUCACAGGAUGUUGCGGCAGAAUAUAGAGAAAAGCAAAAGAAAAAGUUGCAAAGAACAUUUGUGGAAGCGUCAGAGGCAGCUAGCUCUAAGGUGAAAGGAUGCACUGCUAAAACAUCUACUGUCACAGAAGAAAUCAUAUCAGAUAAGCCUAAUUAUAAAUCGAAUUCACCUAAUCACAAUUUGGACAAACCUGAUUAUAAAUUGAAAGUCUCUAAUAAUAUACCAGAUACAAACAAUCAUACUGACCAGUCAUGUAAAAGGCAUCUUACCUGGAAAGAGAAAAGACUUGAAGAAAAAAAGAAGAAAUUAUUAUCCAAUGUCAUAAAAGAACCUAUAGCUAAUAUAGACACUCAAGAUCAUCAGUCUUACGAAACUCCUAAUAUCGAAGAGAUACCUUCUAAAAGAUUAAAAGCAGAAACAGAUGACUCAUUGAAAGAUCUAGAGAAUCCAUAUGGGAACAUUAUUUUAUGGGAAAGACCGGGUGAUGCAGCACUAAAUAUACUGGAGGCUUCCGCUGCUAUAUCUGGCGUGACCUUAAAAUGGAAGUAUGAUAAGACAGAAGAAGGCUGGGAAUGCUCAUUUUAUAUUGAUUCACAAAAAUUAGGAUGUAGUAUCAGCCUUACUAAGAAAAUAGCCAAAAAGUUAGCAGCCGUUGAUGUAUUACAAAAAUUACAAAAACACUGCUAUACGGUUAAGGUUAAACAAGACUUAGAAGUAAAAACAAAUGUAAUUGUAACGACAGAGGAAAUAAAAUCUCAGCAACCUGUUCCCGACGAUGAUUGGAAAGAAUCCAACUGUAUUGGAAAGAAAUUAAUGACAAUGAUGGGCUGGUCUGGCGGCGGUCUCGGAAAAUCGGAACAGGGUAUUAUGGAACCCAUGUCUGCAAUGGUCAAAACACAGAUAAACCGUGAAGGUCUCGGCUUGAAAGCAAAUCCUUAUAAGACACAUGAAAUAAAAGGCAAAUGUCGAAAACUGUUUAAAGAUCUUCUACAAACAGAUAAUCAUCUUCAAAGUAAUAUUGUAUUCUUGGAUUUUCCUAAGGAAGACAGAAUGGUGAUUCAUCAAAUUGCACGAACGAUGGGUCUUAAAUCGCGGAGCCAGGGCAAGGAUCAACGAAAACUGAUAGUCUCACGUAAAGUCGACAUACGGAGUUUAGUUAGAGACUUAAAUAAUCUUGGUGGAGUUACCGAAAAGUACGAACUGGUGAAACCGACCGACGAGAAAUCUACUUCAUCGCCAACUUCUACGAAUAUUUAAACGUAGCGAAAGAACCGUGUGUUCAAACGAUAUCUUCUGUGACACUGAGAUGUAGCGACUUGGACUGUAAAAUAAAUAGAUAAUCUUUUUCAGAA